AGCCUUGCAUUCACCAAACGCAAAGCUUCUCUUUGAGUUGUGAAGCGACAACUCUUCCAUAAAACCUGAAAAUCCCUACUUUUUUUAAAAGUUUUUUCUUAAAUAAAUUUCCAUUUUUUCAAUUGAAUUAUUCUUAUUGAUAUAAAUGGCCCUUGAAUCCUCAAUUUUCAGCCGACCCACUUUCAUUUAUUCAACAAAGUCCGCAUCUUUCCUGCUUCUAAAUCGAAAUUUGAAGAACCCAUCAAAGUUUUUGUCCAAAACUAAUCCCUUCCCAACUCCUGUUAUCUCCACCUGCUCAAAUCCCCGAGUUUUCAAAGCUUUUGGGGUGCCAAAAAACGGUGCUUUUGGACACAAUGGAUUGCUGAGGGAAGAGAAGGAAGAUGUGGGAACUGAACAGAAUUUGAAUUUGGUGAAAAGGGGUAUUUUGGUGGCAUUGGUUUGUGGUGUAUUGGUCUAUGGGUGCAAAAGAGUUUUUGCUGUGGAGGGAGUGAUUAAUGCUGGUUAUGGAGUGAUUGGGAAGUGCAUAUUGUUGUUGAGGAAUGCUUGGCCUAAGGCAUCUAUGAUUCUUAAAAUGUUUAAGGAACAAGGUCUGGUUUUGACUGCGCUUUUGAGUUUGUCUGCCUUCUUCUCAAUGGCUGAGACUGCUAUAACCACAUUGUGGCCUUGGAAGGUACGUGAGCUGGCUGAGAAAGAGUCUGAAGAUGGUGUUUUUAAAAUGCUUUCCAGUGAUGUAACACGGUUUCUCACAACCAUUCUUAUUGGCACCACGGUGGUCAAUAUUGGAGCAACUGCUUUAGUUACAGAUGCUGCAACAGCAAUAUUUGGGGAAGCUGGUGUUAGUGCGGCGACUGGAGUAAUGACUGUUGCCAUAUUGCUUCUCACUGAGAUCACUCCAAAGAGUAUAGCUGUUCACAAUCCCACAGAAGUUGCCAGAUUUGUGGUCAGGCCAGUGGCAUGGCUCUCUGUAAUACUAUAUCCAGUGGGAAGAGUUGUGACAUAUCUAUCCAUGGGAAUGCUCAAAAUUCUUGGUCUAAAAGGAAAGAGUGAACCUUACGUUACUGAAGAUGAAUUGAAGUUAAUGUUACGAGGGGCAGAGUUGAGUGGAGCAAUAGAGGAGGAGGAGCAGGAUAUGAUUGAAAAUGUAUUAGAGAUAAAAGAUACCCAUGUUAGAGAGGUGAUGACACCUCUUGUUGAUGUAGUUGCAAUCGAUGCUAGCUCAACUCUUGUUGAGUUCCACAAUUUGUGGUUGACUCAUCAAUAUUCAAGGGUACCUGCUUUCGAGCAGCGGAUUGACAAUAUAGUAGGUAUUGCAUAUGCUAUGGAUCUACUAGAUUAUGUUCCAAAGGGUGAACUGCUAGAAAGUACUACUGUGGGAGAUAUGGCUCACAAACCUGCAUACUUUGUGCCUGAUUCAAUGUUAGUCUGGAAUCUCCUUAGAGAGUUUCGAAUCAGGAAGGUUCACAUGGCUGUUGUUCUUAAUGAAUAUGGUGGAACAGUGGGGAUAGUCACCUUGGAAGAUGUGGUUGAGGAGAUCGUCGGUGAAAUUUUCGAUGAAAAUGAUUCAAAAGAGGAGAUCCAGAAGAAAACUGGCUAUAUCGUAAUGCGAGCGGAGGGUAUCUUUGAUGUUGAUGCUAAUACUUCUAUCGAUCAACUUUCCGAAGAUCUAAACAUCAAAAUGCCAGAGGAACAUCAAUAUGAGACUGUGUCCGGUUUUGUAUGCGAGGCAUUUGGAUAUAUACCGAGGACAGGUGAGAGUGUCAAAGUAGUGCUUGAAAGGGAUAAUGAAGAAGACGAUGAUGAGAGUUCCGAAGCUGCAUCUGAUCGCCAAGAUCUGAAGGAAAGGCAUCAGAUAUAUAAACUCGAGAUAUUAGCAGGAAAUGCCCGAAAAGUAAGUGCUGUUCGAUUUGAGCGGAUAAACAAUGAGGAAGCACUAUUAGAUGCCACAGCAGUAACUCCGAUGGUUCCGAAAAUCAUGAAAAAAUGGGGCAGCAAUGAAGACUCAAAUAAUGAUAUUCACGAUGAAGAUACAUUUGAAGAAAAGCAAGACGAUGACCCCUCGGAUCAGUAUGGAAUUGCUGACCAUAAAGAGGAUAAUGAGAGCCCCAAUGGACAAUAAUUGUGUUACACUAAUUGUUUUUUCCUCUCAUUUGCCAUUUUCCCUCUCCAAUUUCUUACAGCUUCUUAAGAAGAGGUAAAGACUUGUAAAACGGGAGAAUUGAAACAACAAUACAGAUAGACCAACAUUGUACAAAUUUUCACAAAAUGAAGGGUCAAUGGUGCUGGGG